UAAUGGUUUUGCUAAUGCAACAUUAUGUGCCUGAUAAACCCCCCCAAAAAAAACCAUUAUAUGCCUGCACAAACUUCCAUCCUUUCAGGUGAUUCUGCAUGGUGCAUUGUAUUUAGUGGCAGCCAUUCCCAUGUUUCUUCAUUUUUUUAAAUAUCUUUUCUCUCUGCCCCAAAAUCUGUAUUGCUGUCAUAAUGGCUUUGCCUCCAAGUUACCCACUUUCCCAUAACAUCUGCUGUAAGUUACUUUUUCAUCUCCAAUGCCAUUGGACUACUUUAGCCCAUUAGCAACAUUGGUGAUUUCUUAAUAGCAGCCUGAACUUCUCCUGUAAUAAUAUGAACUGAGAUUUGUUUAAGGUUGUUUUUGGCUUCGCGUUAAUGGGUUUUCUCAUAUUGCUCUGUACUAUACUUUGUGUGUACAUAAUCCCCGGAUGGGGUCAGAUUGAAACAGAUGGAAAUUUACUGCUUUCGAUUAAACAGUCCUUGCAAGGGAACUCAUCUGAUAACAUUCUGCUGUCUUCAUGGAAUGCUUCAGUCCCAUUAUGUGAAUGGAGAGGCAUCAUAUGGGCGCAUGAAAAUGGGUCCCUCCUAGACUGCAGAAACACUACCCAAAACAUGAGUGCUGCCACAAAUCCACCUUUGGUAGUCUACAGCAUUGAGCUUGCUGCUGCUGAACUUGCUGGAACAAUCCCAAAAGACAUUGUAAGGCUUUCACACCUUGAAAAGCUCUACUUGGGCGUUAACAUGCUCACGGGGACCAUUCCUUUAGAGCUUGGUAACAAUGCUAAGCUUUCAUCCUUGUCAUUGACAGGAAAUAAGCUCAAUGGCAGUAUUCCUCCCUCAAUCUGGAAUCUCUGUGGACAGCUUGUGGAUCUUCUCCUUGAUGGAAAUGAGUUGAGUGGUUCUAUUCCAGAGCCUGCAUUGCCAAAUGUGACAUGUCCAAAUCUGCAGAUUCUGGAUUUUAGCAACAACCAUCUUGAGGGACCUGUGCCUAUGUUCCUGAAAAACUAUGAGGGCCUGCAAGAGCUAGAUCUGAGCAAUAAUUCUUUAUCUGGUGCAAUACCUGAAGCUCUUGCCCUCCUGAAUUUAUCUAGUUUGGAUUUGUCCCACAACAAUCUCAGUGGAUCAAUUCCAAUGUUUCCACAGAUGUUUGGUAAUGAAUCCUUUGCUGGAAACAAUCUCUGUGGAUCUCCUCUUGCAUCUUGUGCAGAAGCCAAAGUGCAGAGACAUUCAGGACUGAGCUCUGGUGCUGUUGCAGGGAUUGUUAUUGCGUUGAUGGCAACAAUGGUUGUUUUGUUGUCUUUAUUGAUAGGCUUUGGCAACAAAAAGGUGUUCCGAAGAGAAGACCAUUCUUUCAAUGAAUUUGAGGGCGCAGAAACAGGUGAACCCAGAUUAGUGCUUUUUGAAGGUGGGGAACACCUGACUGUGGAGGAUGUCUUGAAUGCAACAGGCCAGGUACUGGGAAAAACCAGCUAUGGAACUGUAUAUAAGGCCAAGCUCACUCAAGGAGGCACUAUUGCUCUGAGGCUUCUCAGGGAAGGCACUUGCAAGGACCGAGGGGCAAUUCUUCCCGUGGUUAAGGAUCUGGGCAGGCUUCGACAUGAAAACAUAGUGCCUCUUCGAGCAUUCUAUGAAGGAGAAAGAGGCGAAAACCUUCUUGUAUAUGAUUAUCUGUUCAACGGCAACUUGGCAGACCUUCUUCAUGAUGCUCGAGGUGGCAGGCCAGCUUUGAGCUGGGCUCGCAGGCAUAAGAUUGCUCUUGGAGCAGCGAGAGGGCUUGCACACCUUCACACAGGACUGGAAACGCCUGUCAUUCAUGGGAACCUCAAGUCCAAGAAUGUCUUGGUGGAUGAAUACUAUGUAGCACAUCUAACAGAUUAUGGCCUGGACCGGUUAAUGACACCUUUAACUGCUGCUGAGAUGAUGAAUGUAUCUACUCGUGAAGGCUACAAGGCUCCUGAGCUUCAGAAGAUGAAGAAGGCCAAUACCAAGACUGACAUAUACAGCUUUGGCAUUCUCCUCCUUGAAAUACUGAUUGGUAAGAGGCCAGGCAGGGAUGAGAGUUCUGGUGAGGUUGUGGACUUGUCAUCCAUUGUGAAGAAUGCUGUACUGGAAGAGAGUACCUUGGAGCUGUUUGAUGUUGAGAUUCUGAGGGGAAUGAGAAAUCCAGUCGAUGAUGGAUUGCUUCAGGCACUUCAACUUGCUAUGGGUUGUUGUGCUCCUUCUCCCUCUGUGAGACCAGAUAUGAAGGUGGUCAUCAGACAGCUUGAAGAGAUAAGGCCCAAGGCUCAUUCUGCUUUGUAUACUCCUGCUGAAUCUAGGAGUGAGCUUGAGCUUGCAUUUUAGCUUCAAGUUCCUGCAAAGUUUUUGUUUUCCAAACCAUUUCAGACCUUUUAUGCCUCUCUAUCUCCACUCUCCAGCCCAUUUUUGUCACUGCUGUAAUGAUUAGUUUUGGAAGUAAUGUCCUGCAAAACCAUAAGUAGAAUGAAACCAAAUGGGCUGCAUACAGGUGUUUGCACUAUGGUAAGACAGAGGAGCUGAACAUUCAGAACUAUGUGCUAAAUAUCUUUAGACUAUGUGUCUGUUACUUUCUGAUUGAAGAUUGGAAAGUUUGAAGAUAUACAAGUUUUACCAACAAAAUUUGCAUGGACAGAGCUCCAUUGAAAUGUAUCUUGGCUUCCCAGUCAUCACAGUAUGGACUAUUUUAUUAUUAACAACAUUCAAGAAUGAGCACCGAAAACCUGGUUAGUGAAGCAUAUUUCUGUAUAUCUUCAACCAAUUCAGAGGAAUGGACUCACUUGAGAUUUAAUCAAGUACAAAUAUCUCUUUCUUUGU